AUGUUCAGCUUCGGCUUGCUCGCGAAGAGCGUGAGCGUCUCCCACAGGGUGAGUAGUAAGUGACCCAGUGCCAUCUCAAACAACAGCUGACUCUGACGGUCGUAGAACAGGUUCAAGAAACAGGCGCCGCCAUGUCCACGCCCAUCUCGCAGUCAAGCCCGGAGCCAAUCCAGCGGCGAAGUCGCGCAGGUCCAUUCCAGCACAGCAAUCAGCACAGCGAUCAGCACUCUCCGUGGCAUCAAAGCAACGACCUGCGAAACCGCGACACCGUCCACGUAGUCGUCAACCGUCCUCCUCAGUACCACACCACUUCCCAGACUCAAGCUCAGGCUCAGUUCCAAGCCCAGUCCCCGCAAACAAAUCCGCGCGGACCGGCAACCUGGGACGACGGACGUGCAGCCCAAUACUUCGCAUCCGACUUCCGACAACCCUCAUCAGGGCCAAGCACUUCAUCACGUGCUGGUCCCGGUCGAUCUUCUGCGUCCGGUAUUUCAAUCGGGCCAAUUGACCCUCCGCCACCAUACUCCGAAGUCGAUCAAGGGGCUCCAAGUACUGCAGGCUCAGGAUCAGACAGAAAAAAGAAGAAGAAGAAGAGACAGAUCCGAGCGAAGGAUUGGGAGCAGUGGUUAAGAUUUUCCGCCUGCCAGCGAAGUUUGGGUAGCCGGAGAUGA